AUGUGCCCGCGGUCGCGGCGUGGCGAUGAGGCCGCGAUGAGCACGGCGGGCGAGGGCACCCUCCGGCCCUGGAAGCCCGACCCGGGGCAGGCGGACGGGGGGCGGCCGCCCCCGCCGGGCCCGGCGCUGCCGCUGACCCUGAGCGUGCUGGCCUGGCUGGGCACCGGCACCACCAUGGCCGGCCUCAACAAGUGGAUCUUCGCGGCGCACGGGUUCCGAUACCCGCUGCUGCUCUCCUCGCUGCACAUGCUGUCGGGAGUGGCCGUGGGGUACCCGCUGGGCUGGGCGCGGGGUGCCCGCUCCCCGCGGCCCCGCGCCCGCAUCUACCUGCUCAGCCUCACCUUCUGCACCAGCGUGGCCCUGGGCAACCUGGGCCUGAGCUACGUGCAGCUGGACGUGGCCCAGGCCGUGGCCACCACCACGCCGCUGGUGACGCUGGUGCUGGGGGUGCUGGGGGGCCGGCGGCCGCACCCGCUGCAGUGCUGGGCCAUGGGCCCGGUGUGUGCCGGGGCCGCCUGCAGCAUCGCCGGCGGGCUCCGCUUCUCCCAGCCCGGCUGCGGCUUCCUGCUGGCCGCCACCGUGCUCCGCGCCCUCAAGUCCAUCCAGCAGAGUGUGCUGCUGCAGGAGGACCAUCUGGACGCGCUGUCCCUGCUCGGCCUGACGUCCCUGCCCAGCUUUGUGCUGCUGUUCGGGGCAGCUGUGGCGCUGGAGCUGGGCCCCUCGUGGCAGGGGGUGCUGCGCCCCGACGCCGCGCUCUGGGGCUGUGUCCUGCUCAGCUGCCUGGGCUCCGUCCUCUACAACCUGGCCACGUCCUGCCUCCUGUCCCUCACCUCCGCCCUCACGCUGCACCUCCUGGGCAGCCUCACCGUGGUGGGCAACCUGCUGCUGUCCCGCCUGCUGUUCGGCACGCGGCUGGGCGCGCUGGGCUACGCCGGCGUGGCGCUGACGCUGGCGGGGAUGGUGCUGUACCACCAGCCCCAGCUCCUGGCCGCGUGCUGGCCCCUGCGGGCGCCGCGGCGGCACCCGCGCCACGAGUAGGGGUCUGAGGGCGGAGCGGGGGCAAGGGAGGCUCUGAGUGAGGGCAGGGGGGCUGCGGAGCUCGGCUCAGCGAGCACGUGUGUGUGCUGAGGGGUGUCAUGCCGGGCACGCGUGUGUGCCAGUGUGUGUGAAACUGCACGUGUGUGUGACUGUGCACGUGUCUGCCGGUGUGUGACACGCUGAGCGCACGGGUUUGCCAGUGUGCCCACAUGGGUGCCGAGGUGCACAGUGCUGUGCACAUGGGUGUGACUGUGCACACGUGUGUGCCAGUGUGUGUGCCACUCUGCACGUGUGUGUGUGCCAGUGUGCCUGGCUCUGUGUGCCCACGGGAGUGCUGAGGUGCACAGUGCUGUGCACGUGUGUGCCCGUGUGUGGCUCUGUGCACAUGUGUUUGCUGGUUUGCACAGCUCUGUGCACACACCUGUGGCUGUUUGCACAGCUCUGUGAGCACGUGUUUGCUGGUGUGCACAUGUGUGUGCCAGUGUGUGUGACUGCACAUGUGUGUGCUGGUGUGCACAGCUCUGGACAUGUGUGUGCUGAUGUACACAGUGCUGUGCACAUGUGUGUGCCAGUGUGUGUGGUACUGUGCACAUGGGUGUGCUGGCAUGCACAGCUCUGUGCACACGUGUGUGCUGAGGUGCAUGGUACCAUGUACACACAACCAUGCAGAGUGGGACACCCACUAUGUACAUGUGGUUUGCAUGGCUCUGUGCACACGUGUGCUGGGGUGCACAGUGCUGUGCACACGUGUGUCAGUGUGCAUGGCUUUGUGUGCACAUGUGACAGUGUGCACAGCUCUGUGUGCACACACGUGUGCUGAGGUGCACGGUGCUCUGCACUGCACAUCCCUACUGAUGUGCAAGGCACUGUGCACAGGUGUGUGCUGGUUUGCACAGCUCUGUGAGCACACGUGUGUUGUGUGAAGGCUCUGCAUGUGCAGGCAGGUCUCGUGCACGUGUGCGUUGGUACAGACUGUACAUAUGUGAGUGUGUGCACAGCUCUGCGUGCGUGUGGCACGUGUGUGCUGCUGUGCACAGCUCUGGGGGGGGGUCAGGCAGGUACAGGUGUGCACACAGGCGCUGUGCAGGUACCUCUGUGUGUGUGUGUGUGUGCAGCUGUGUGCCCCAGCUCCACACGUGUGUCCCUGUGUGCACAUGCAGGCUGGGAAUGCUCAGGGACAUGGCUGUGGAUACACGACUCUGGAUACAGGACUCGGGGCAUCCGGCUCCUGUCCUGCCUGGGGAAACAGAACUGUCUGUCUGUGUGUGUGCACGUGUGUGUGUGUGUGUGUUCACACGUGUGUGUGUCACUACUGAGCUCUGCUGGCUGGAGUGGACGCUGGCUGUGUGUACACACUGUUCUCAUGGCCAAACAGGAUGCCCAGGACAGGGCAGGUGCGUGUCCCCUCCCCUGUCCCCAACCCCACCGUGUUGUGACAAUCCCAUGGGGCUGCCGGUGGUGCUGCCAGCGUCACCUUUGUCCCAGCUGUGCCCUUCCAGCCCCCACAGCUCCCUGUCCCCGUCCCUCCCAGCGUGCCGUGGCUGGCACAGACUGGUAUCGGUGGCAGAGACGGCGAGAGCCCGGCUGAGGGGACGGGGACAGUCCAGACCACCCGCCAUCGCUCCAGGGCGGUGCCAGGCUGAGGCGUGGGAGAUGCUAGGCUGUGGCACAGCACACACUCACCAUGGCAGAGGGACAGCCCUGUGUGUGCCCUGGCACCGCCGGGGGCCGUGGGGGCCAUUGCCAUGCUCGUGUCUCCGUGCCGGGGCCGAAGGACCCAGCUCCGAUUGCACUUGUCCCAAAAUAAAGCUCUAUUUUUGUCGUACGCCA